AUGGGCGGCACCGCGAACCCGGCGGGGGUCGCCGACUUCAGUCGGCUUGAGUCAAAGAAAACCCCCGAUAGCAUGAGUAUUGUCGAUGACGCAACGUCGCCCACCACAACAUUGUCAAAGGCGCCAAAAGAAGGGGGUAGCGUAGGGAAAGCAAGAAUAGAGCAGCAUUCUAGGGAUUCUUCAGCCCCAUCUGUAGCCGAGGCUGUGGUGAACCACGAAAAUGAAGCAAAAGCCGAAAAUGGGGUUACACAGCUGGUCAGCAACAAUGACGACCUCCCGAAGACCAGUCCUCCUGCGGAUCAACAACAGCCGACCGAAUCACCCGCCGAAGCUCAACCGACCAGCAUCGUUGAACCUGCACCGCAAAAGCCAGCUUCCGGCUGGUUCUCAUGGCUGGGCUGGUCGUCGAAUCCAGAAACUACUGCGUCGAAGCAUGAGCCGGUCUCUGAGCCUUCUACACAGAAUAUUGGGGACCCCGCUGUUGUUGGCGCGAACUCUUCACAAACCGCAGCCCCUGAAGCCAAUAAGGCUGAGCAAUGCACCGUGCAGGCUACAUCGCAGCUCGAGCGGAGGGAUGAAACCCCUUCCCAAGUCUCUCCUCAAGAUCAUUCCCAAGCCCCAGAACAGGAGUCAACACCAAUGGCUCCCAAAAGUUCAUGGUUUUGGUCUUGGUCGUAUAGUUACUGGGCUGCCCCUACGCCCUCCGCUACAUCAGCACAAGCAGAACAGUCGCCAGGGACCGAACAAUCACAGGACACAAAACAGCCACAGACUGUUGUUCCCCUUUUGUCUCCCCAGGAGCAACCCAAAGAUAGAGUUGUCGAGGAGCAUUCCACUGCUAAACCCAGCUCAGAGACACCUGCUCCGCGAUCUAGGUCGGGAACCACAUGGGCCUUCUGGUCUCGCGAUACAGGCUCUGGGUUAAAGAAGGGAGCUGUUCAGCGAGGUGAACAAGGUCAACUGGCUGUUAUGGGAGAGAGUUCAGAAACACAUCCCAGGAUAGUCAACUCUGUGGAUGUCAAGGGGAAUGAGGCUCCGGUGAAAGAACCUACACUGAAGGCCGGCCAGAAGGAUCAGCAAAAGGACCAGAAGAAGGAACAAAAGAAAGACCAACAUAAGGACCAACAGAAAGAUCAGCAGCAGGCGAAGGUUGAUGCUUCUGCUCCCUCACAAGACGUUCCUAAGCCAGCCACCCGGGAAACAUUUAAGUCAAGCAACAAACGUGGCCGUGUGCAGUCAACGGAGGCUGUCCCUGAUGCCUCUAUCCCCGUUCCUCCCAGCCCUCCGAAACCGGAUGCUGCAGCCCAGUCUGUGUCUUCCAAGGCUCCUUCAAUUUCUAUAAAGCCAGCCCCGCCGAAUCUUCUCCUACCGUCGUUUACUAGCACGUAUCGGCUCAAGGAGAGCCCUUCUAUUUUGAAGCAAAUUGCUCGAUUGGUGCUGAGAACACAGAGUUCCUCGCAGAGGCAUGUUUUCAUUACCAAUAACCCUCCCAAGAUCAAGAAAGCUCUGGCUAUCGGCGUCCAUGGCCUGUUCCCUGCCCAGUAUUUGCGUGCCAUGCUGGGGCAGCCGACAGGCACCUCGAUCAAAUUUGCCAAUAACUGUGCUGAUGCCAUCAGGAGGUGGGUCGAUAGCCACGGCUGCAGCGACUGCGAAAUCGAGAAGAUCGCCCUAGAAGGGGAGGGUAAGAUUGGUGAACGUGUGACAAAUCUGUGGAAACUCUUGAUGAACUGGGUAGACCUUAUACGUCAGGCCGAUCUGGUCAUCUUUGCGUGCCAUUCUCAGGGCGUCCCUGUUAGCAUGAUGCUACUCGCGAAGCUGAUUGAGUUGGGCAUAGUGAAGACAGCUAGAGUGGGUGUGUGUGCAAUGGCUGGUGUGUCGUUGGGUCCCUUCCCUGACUACCGGUCAAGUGUUGGCAGGCUUAUGGGUUCAGCUGCUGAGCUCUGGGAGUUUUCUGACCCUAACAGUGAAGUCUCGAAGCGCUUGGAGUCAGCUGUCAAGAUCGUGCUUGCGUAUGGGGCUCGUGUCACAUAUAUUGGCAGUAUGGAUGACCAGCUGGUUCCAUUGGAGUCUGCCAUCUAUGCGCCUGCCCAUCAUCCAUAUAUAUUCCGCGCAGUUUUCAUUGACGGCCGGAUCCAUGCCCCUGAUUUUAUCGCCCACUUAGUCGGCUUCGCCCUUAAACUCCGGAACCUCGGUGUUUCUGACCACGGCCUAAUCCGCGAGCUCUCAGCCCCGCUGGCUGGCAGCCUGUACUCAGGAGAGGGCCACUCGCGGCUCUACGAAGACCCGCAGCUGUACGAUCUGGCAGUAGCGCACGCGCUCGAGACGACCGAUAUCAGCGGCGGCUCCCCUCCUUGCGAGUUUCGUCCGCGCGCCCCGGGCGGUCUGUCGAACCCGAACCCGUACCAUCUGCCGUGGAUCAUGCGCGGCCUGCUCGAGGAGGAGUUCGUCAAGACCGAGCUGGCAACUGAGAUGCGCGAACUCGUCCAGCAGUUUGACGACUGGAAGCCUGUUACUAAGGCAUUGAAGGACGUCAAGUACCGGCUGGAGGCCGUCAGAUCGAAACUGUGA